GACCUUGCUCGUAGUAGCAAACCUAUUAUUCGUCCUAUCAGUCAGUGUGUAUUGGUGUGGCAUCGUCGUGUGGUGUAAAUCGUGUAUUAAACUUAACUUGUGUACCUUACAGCGAUACUAUAGUACGUUAAGUUAAGCUGAGUAGGUAACCGUUGUCGGCUAAAUUUUGUGCCACAUUUAAAGACCUUACAUUCAUCACGGAAGAAUUUCUGUAAAGAUACAGAGCGGUCCAAAAUGGCAACACCAACGUCCGAUCAAGAAAAAAGAAAACAGAUCAGUGUCAGGCACAUUGCCGAGGUUGAAGACGUUUCGGCAAUUAAAAAAACCUUCAACCGACAUGUCCACUACACUCUUGUUAAAGAUAGGAAUGUUGCCACCCCUAGAGACUACUACUUUGCCCUUGCCCAUACUGUCAGAGAUCAUCUUGUCUCCCGGUGGAUAAGAACUCAACAAUAUUACUAUGAAAAAGAUCCAAAGAGAGUGUACUAUUUGUCUUUGGAGUUUUAUAUGGGACGAUCCUUAACUAAUACAAUGAUAAACGUUGGAAUUCAAAGCGCCUGUGAUGAGGCGUUGUAUCAGUUAGGCCUUGAUAUAGAAGAGCUUGAAGAGAUAGAAGAAGAUGCAGGUCUUGGAAACGGUGGAUUAGGUAGAUUAGCAGCUUGCUUUUUAGAUUCCAUGGCAACACUGGGAAUGGCUGCAUAUGGUUACGGAAUUCGCUACGAAUAUGGUAUUUUCGCUCAAAAAAUUAUAAAUGGUGAGCAACAAGAAGAGCCUGAUGAUUGGUUAAGAUUCGGGAAUCCUUGGGAAAAAGCACGCCCUGAAUAUAUGUUGCCCAUUAACUUUUUUGGACAUGUCGAAGAUACUCCACAAGGGAAGAAAUGGGUAAACACCCAGGUUGUAUUUGCUUUGCCUUAUGAUAACCCUAUUCCCGGUUACCAAAAUAACGUGGUCAACACCUUAAGGCUAUGGUCAGCUAAAUCUCCAGUAGAAUUCAAUCUCAAGUUUUUUAAUGAUGGAGAUUAUAUCCAAGCGGUUCUUGAUAGAAAUUUAGCUGAAAAUAUUUCGAAAGUUCUAUAUCCAAACGACAACAUCUUCGAAGGAAAGGAGCUUAGAUUAAAGCAAGAAUAUUUCUUGUGCGCUGCUUCUCUGCAAGAUAUCAUUCGUAGGUUCAAAGCAGCUAAAUUCGGUUCUAGAGAGGCCAUAAGAAAAACAUUCGAUCUAUUUCCAAAAAAAGUUGCUAUUCAACUCAAUGAUACCCAUCCAUCUCUUGCUAUACCUGAACUCAUGAGACUGCUGGUGGACGUUGAAGGUUUAUCGUGGGAAAAAGCUUGGGAAAUCACAGUCAACACCUGUGCUUAUACUAAUCAUACUGUCCUCCCCGAAGCUUUAGAAAGGUGGCCAUGUUCAAUGCUCGAAUACAUACUACCAAGACAUUUACAAAUAAUUUAUCAUAUUAACCUUUUACAUUUAAAGGAAGUUGAAAAAAAAUGGCCAGGUGAUAUGGACAGAUUACGAAGAAUGUCACUGGUUGAAGAAGAUGGCGAAAAAAGGAUAAAUAUGGCUCAUUUAUCCAUUGUAGGAUCUCAUGCUGUAAAUGGCGUAGCCCAAAUACACUCAGACAUCAUUAAAACUGAAAUCUUUCGAGAUUUUUACGAGCUCAUGCCAGAAAAAUUUCAAAACAAAACUAACGGGAUUACACCACGAAGAUGGUUAUUGUUAUGUAAUCCUGGUUUAGCGGAUUUAAUAUCCGACAAAAUUGGCGAAGACUGGAUAGUUCACUUGGAUCAACUUCAAAACCUGAAGAAGUUUGCAAAAGAUCCUAUUUUUCAAAAGGAGGUGUCAAAAGUAAAGCAGGAAAAUAAACUAAGAUUAGCACAACUUCUAGAAAAAGACUAUGGAGUCAGAGUCAAUCCCGCAUCUCUCUUUGACAUCCAUGUUAAGCGAAUCCACGAGUACAAAAGGCAACUUCUUAACUGUUUACACAUAAUAACUUUGUAUAAUAGAAUUAAAAAAAAUCCGACUGCAAAAUUCACACCUCGAACUGUGAUGAUUGGAGGGAAAGCAGCGCCAGGUUACUACGCUGCAAAGAAAAUAAUCAAACUCAUAAACUACGUCGGAAACGUUGUAAACAACGAUCCAAUAGUGGGAGAUAAAUUAAAAAUAAUUUACCUCGAAAAUUACCGAGUAACGCUUGCAGAAAAAAUUAUUCCAGCGGCAGAUUUAAGUGAACAAAUUUCCACGGCAGGAACUGAGGCUUCCGGUACCGGUAACAUGAAAUUUAUGCUAAACGGAUCCCUCACUAUCGGCACAUUAGACGGUGCCAACGUUGAAAUGGCAGAAGAAAUGGGAAACGAAAAUAUAUUUAUAUUUGGAAUGACCGUUGACGAAGUUGAGAACUUGAAAAGAAAAGGCUACAACGCAUAUGAUUACUACAAUAGUAAUCCCGAAUUAAAACAAGUGAUAGAUCAAAUACAAAACGGUUUCUUUAGUCCAAAAAAUCCAGACGAAUUUAGAGAUCUUGCGGACAUUUUGCUUAAAUAUGACAGAUUUCUUACUCUUGCUGAUUAUGAGUCGUAUAUUAAAAAACAAGAAGAAGUAAAUGCAGUAUAUGAGAAACAGUCUAAAUGGACUGAAAUGGCCAUCCAUAAUAUUGCGUCCUCAGGUAAAUUUUCAAGUGAUCGUACAAUUAUCGAAUACGGAAAAGACAUUUGGGAUGUUCAACCAAAUUAUGAAAAGUUACCUGCACCUCAUGAAUCAAGACAGUAAUUAAGAAUCUCCUUUUUGUUACUACGGUUCUUUAUUUAGAUUGAAUACUGUCUAUUUGCAUGCAUAUUUUAGUCUCGCGAAUUUUGUGCCUGCAAGUUUUUGUUAAAAUAUUGAAAAAUAUAUUUCCUUGUAUUUAA